AUGAUAUUCUUUCAAUUUACGACGAAACUUCUUGAUAAUAUUGAUUUGUUAGUUAAUUAUCAUCUGAACGAGAUUGAAAUUUAUGUUAAAUGGUCGUCGACAGGAGAUUUGGGUAACUGGACGAUCUCCUAUGUCGAUGAUGAAUGUACAUUACCAUCGACCUCUCCUUUGUACUAUCUUUGUUCAUCGUCAUCGAAAAAUCAUUCAUUAAAUCCGACUUUUUACUCGUACUGGCUUCAAUUGGAUUCCUCAUUCUACCGUCGAUUAUUUGCUCAUUUGACAACAGAUGAAGAUCAAUUUUUUCUUCUGCUUUCACUUCCCGAUGGUCGAAUUCUUCUCCUAUCUGAAAAUCAUCCACCCAAUGUGUGGUACUCGUCUCCCAGUACAUCUCCAAUAUCCAUUCUUGGUCUUUACUAUGAUUUAAAUAGCAAUCUUCUCGAUGCCGUUCUAUCCUCAUCGACAAAUUCGAAGUUUCCCAAAAUGAUUGUCAAUCACUUUAUUCUUUGCGAAUCCUUCGGAUGUCUAGUUCUUGUCAAUUCGACGAAUCUUCGUCGAAUAUUGAUUGACAAUUUAAUCAAAUCAGCUUGUGUUUACUCGAAUAAUCUUAUCUAUGUGACAGCGAAUGAAAUACGAUCCAUCUCGCUUUCAAAUCUAUUGAAACCGAACAACGAAGACAUUAUUGGUCAAACAAAAAGUUUAAGAUUUGGGCAUUUCGAAAAGCUAAUCGUUGACGGACAAGAAAUCAUCCUCUAUUACGAGAAUGGCACUUUCGAACGAUUGAAAAGCCUUCUGCCACGACCUGCCAAUCUGUCACGUAGCAAUUCGUUGGUGAAUCAGACGAAAAAACUGGCGUGUUUAGCGACGACAAUUACAAAUUUACAAGCCAGCGCUUGUCUAUUGCAAAGACUGUUAACCAAAGCUGAACUCUUCUACCAAUUGAACCUAUCGAUGUGUUUAAAAUUCAUUCAGAAUCAAUGGAAAUUAAUCUUAACUGAUCAACAAUCGCGAACGUUUCAAUCGAGCGAUCUCAUCUUGAUUUUACUGUGUCAAUUUUCGGGAAAUCACAUGAAGAUUUAUCAGUUGACUUCAGCGAAUAAUUGGGUGUUCAAAGUGAACGAAUCGAUCGCAAAGACAUACCUUUGUCAACCAAUUCUCAUUCUUCGCUCUCCAAAUUCCUUCCAUUAUCAACUAGGACAUCGACGUAUUAUUUUAUCUUUGGAAGAACAAGUUCAAGAGGAAGAACUCUCCUUAGAAAAUUAUUUUCCGAAGAAAUUCAGGUCUAUGAGAAGGAUCAACGCAACAAUGCAACAAUAUCAUUUAGUUUUAACGUUGCGGAACGAAGCGGCGACGAAUUUUAAAAAGCUAAAUAUUCAACUUGCUCGUCGAUUAUUGAUUGGUCAAACGGAUUUUGUCAAUAUGGAAAUCAAACAGCAAGAAAUUAAAGUUGACACGGACAAUGGUUUGGUAGAUUCAUUGACAAUUCAAGUUAUACUUUCGAGUUUAUGUCUUCGACGACUAAUUAUCACAUUUUCGACGCUUGCAGAGUUAUUCUAUACCAGUAAAACAACGGAAGACAAAUAUUUUAUCAAACAAACGGAUAUGGUAAAACUAACCGAUCUGAUUCAAAAUACCCAAGCGAAUCUAUCAGAUCAAUUAACAGAUGACGUACUACUUAGUUUUCUUCAAAUUCGCAUCUAUCUUUCGAUGUUUCGUCUUGGUUCGAACUACACUGUUCAAGUCUAUUGA